UUUUUUGUUCAAUAUCGUGCCUUUUGUUUUCGUGGGUCACCAUGUCACUUUGUACAAUUCCUUUACUCUUUCGUGGUCUGUUGAUGUGUUAAAUACGGGCUUAGCCUUUUCUUUAUUUUUAUCGCAUCACUUCAGUUUUCUCUGCGGUCAAGGCGCCGUACAGAAGUCGAGUUUGUAGAAAUUACAUAGAUCAUGGCACAGCUGCGAGGCCGUCUACUGUUCUGGUGGCGCUAGUUAUGUAUCAUGGUCCCCAUUGAUUUGCAUAACGUACAUCAUGAUGCAUACGCACAAAAACGUUGAUUGAUUCUUUCGACCUAUGGUCGCGAUCUGCAUUGCCAUCGGAAUUCAAGUCGGAAAUUUGUUUAACUGCUCUGUUUUUGUUUUUUGGAAAUGUUUCGAUUCAUGUGAAUAACUACAAUUCAUUAGGUUGAAGACUUGAAAGUAAGCAUCCGUCAGAUUUAGAAUGAAGGGAGAAGCUAGGUUGAAUAUUAUUUUCAUAUUCGUGAGUUGGUACUUCCUGUAUAGGUGCUAGAAGACGCUCGUCUACUGUUGCCUGGUGUUUCUAUUAUCGCAAUUGUACCAGUCAGAUUUUUUUUUAUGACGGCUGAUUCACGGAAAUUAUUGGCCACGAAUGCUGCAUCGAAUUAAGUGGCUGCUGCUUGGUGUCUCGACAUGCGACAGAAAAGCUAACCAGUAACAGCGAGGGGGCAGCUGGAAGCAAGUCCGGUUACAACCCUACCAUAAAUCUAUUUGCGGAAGCAUGAAAACCAGCAAUAAUUCUGGGGGGUUGUCACCCCUUCGUGUGGGAAAAAAUGCAGCGAAUGCGAUGUACAACGAUCACGAAGAGGACCAUGACUUCCAUGAAGACGAUACGGAUAGCGAUGUUUGCGUCGUGACAGAGCACGUGCCGCGUGAACUGCGAACUGGAGCUUCGCCAGCUGCUGGAGGUAAUUCCAAGUACACCGUGUAUUCUCCGAUAAACAUCAGCAAGGCGACAGGUGGAGGUAGCGGAGGCCCUGGCGUCAUAGAGCAUGAUCUUGUGUCCCCGAGUUCAAUGCUCAAUGGCCUGCGGGCUGGUCUAAAUGUGAACAAGAUAAUCUGGGUGCAUCCACCGGCGCCAGUACCACAAGAUUCAUUCACGCUGUUGCGCAUUCUGCGUCUUCCGAAUGCGCGAGUACACUCUUUCUGUGGCUUCUCAAGGAUACUCUACGAAGUGCCCAUCUUUCUUGCAGGCGUAGCGUUCAACCCUUUGUGUGUGAUUUGGGCACUGGUAUUCGUGUACUGUGUAUUCGAUCUGGACAUUGGCGGCACACCCGCGCCGACGCCAAGUGCCACGAAUGGCUGGGGAGCAAGUCGGUACAACUACAGCAUACAUAUUGUUGACUGUUUCGCUUUGCAUGAUUAUUUCAGGGUAAACAGCGAUUCAAUGUUAGCGAUUUUUGACACCAACUGUCGUCUUGCCUGUGAAAAAGAAUACCUUACUAGACGGGAUUUGAUGCAUGCCGGAAUAUUCAUUCUUGGCAUGUUUCAAACCGAUGAAUAUUCACCGACCACUGGAUGCAGGUAUGGCCACGCCGUGGCGCGUGCUGUCUGGGGCUCCGGGCAGUCUCAUGGCCCUAAAGAGGUUAUCGCCGAUAACGCGCCCAGGGAACUGAUAAAAGAUGGAUUCUUGGUGCGCGGCCAGUUCUAUAGGUGGUACAUCGCAACAGUCCUGAGCACUCUUGCAAUGACCGAGUUACUAAAGAGAAUGAUACAAAGUCCCCGGCCCGACUAUAACUAUUACGCGAAUGCGGGACUCAAACGGAGCUCCACCGGAGAGAGUAUUUUUCCUACUUUCUGGUUCGUUCUCAUAAUCGGAAAUCAAUGUAAAAAUGUAGGCUGUAGCAGGAUACAGGAAAGACGUUUUAUUCUUACUGUGCGGUGUCCAGGUCAUACUUGUCUGAAUCAAUCUGAAUAUGUGCCAAUUUACACAUUUUUUUACACACUUACAGAAUUUCUACUUUGGCGACGACAUUUCGGUUUACCUAACCGGCACAAGAGCUUCUACAGCUUUCCUUCGGGUGAUACGGCACAGGCGUCAAAUCUCGCUUUCUUUCUCUUGCUGUACGGGGACUACGCUUGGGGUGUCCUCGUGCUGCUUCCGAUGGUAGCUAUUGCACGGGUCUAUUAUGUCUGCCAUUGGAUUGAGGACACGAUGUGCGGCGCGGUUGUUGGGGCCGUCAUGCAAUUAAUUCUUUUUCUGUGGCUCCAAUCGCUAGCGCCAUCCGAUAUAGCGCAGCCGAUUCCAUCCUCCAGCCCUAGUACUGCUCCAAACGCGCCCGUACCGCUUCCUCCGAAAAGUCCGCUUGCCAAGGUAGGACACCCGUAAAAGGUUUAAGGGGAUUUUUCCCCAUUCUGCAUUUGAAGCCAUACCCGCUCAUAAUCUCGUUCAGCAAUAUUUUCAGUAUGGCGGGCCGACGCAACCAACGCAUGAGGAGCCCAGCUUACAUGCGGUAGAUCUUCUAUCUAAUUCAUGAUAACUUCUUAUGGAAAAUAAAUGCUGUAUUCGCGCACACACGCACCUUGGUUUGAAAACAGAUAUUUUGUCAUAGCAUAUGAUCAUGAGCUUUGAGUCUUCGGACUACAUGGAAUCUUUUGACUUUUGAAUGUUUUGUAGUGUCUUGCGAGAUUAGAAUAAAAAUUGAAAUGUGUUACAAGAACGAGCAUGACGUCAAAUUGAGGGAUGUCGCGCGCUAUAAUACGCUUU